UUCUUUCCUUUCCUUUCACCUUUUUCUCACAUUUCAACCAAUCCUUCCUUCUUCACCUUUCCAUAUUUCCAUCCCCAUUCUCUCCCCCACAACUCUCAAUCUCUAAUUUCUUUUCAUAAACUCCCCUCCACCUGAGCGAUCGAUUUAUUUUCUUAUAAUAAAUCAAUCGCUCAAAUGGCAGAGGAACAAAAUUGGGAAGAAACAAGCAAUCACACACCAUGUGCUAAUAACUGUGGCUUUUUUGGUAGUCCCACAACUCGCAAUCUAUGUUCCAAAUGUUACAAUGAUCAUUGUGUAAAAGAACAACAUAUGUCAACGGCUAAACUCGCUGUCGAGAAAAGCCUUUUCAUUCAGCCCGAAACAUCUCCUUCUUCUUCGGCCGGUUCUGAUGCCAUAUCAGAACCGGUCUCCGUGAAUAAGGUGGCGGUGGGUAAUUCUUUGCACGAGGCGAGUGUAAAAACACAAGUACGAAAUAGGUGUGGGUCAUGCAAAAAGCGUGUGGGGCUCACGGGCUUUACGUGCAAGUGUGGGACCAUGUUUUGUGGGACCCAUAGGUAUCCCGAAAAACAUGGAUGCACAUUUGAUUUCAAGACUGUUGGAAAGGAAGCUAUCGCAAAGGCUAAUCCGGUGAUUAAGGCUGAGAAACUUAACAAGAUUUGAGAUGAUGAUGAUAAUCUUAGCCGUUGAUCUGAUCGUAUGCUUUUAGGGGGUGGGAGAUUGGGGAAAUGGUUUGGAAUUGUAUUUGGUUCGGGUUAUAUUCUAAGGUUGUAAAAAUCUACAAAGAAAUGAAAGUAUGUCAUUUAUUUAUGUAACAUUUUAAAUUAAGCAAAUAAUAAUUUUUAUCAUUUACGUUACCGUUA